UUUAUUUAGAUUUAUGGCCCCCAGGCACGGUGUCCUUGGCACGUCAUUGGGGCCCCAAAAUAAAUGAAAGCCUGCUAAGCAUGAGCCAUGUCCCACUUGCCACUUGCCAAAACAGUCUCCACAUUCCACUAUAAUCAACAGUUGGUUCGGCUGCCGCUUGACCAUGGCCCUCGCUCUGUUCGCCUACAUGCCCUACAUCGCCGCCCAGUUCUAUCCCCGGUUCGAGACACUGAUUCCCGCAGCUCUAAUGGUGGGCUUCGGCGGCAGACCUCUGUGGUGCUCCAAGUGCACUUACCUAUCCACCGUAUCGGAGGCGCUGACUCAAGUGCGAGGCAACAAGUCACGGAAGGAUGUCAACACGGUCAAGUUCUUCGGUCUGUUCUUCAUCUUCUACCAGAUGGCACAGGUCUGGGGUAACCUUAUCUCCUCCUCGGUGCUCACCCUGAGUGGUCCGGCCAAGACCGCGAGCAAUGGCAGCCUGGAAAUGGAAGAGGAUAGCAGCCCAAGCCUCAGCAAAGUGGGCGAGUUGUGUGGCGCACGCUUUUGUCCGGGUGUGGGGGCCGAGGCCAAUCCCAAUCUGGUGCCUCCGGCUCCGGAGCAGAUUCAGCUGCUGAACUCGAUUUUCCUGGCCUGCAUGGCUGCUGCCGUCGUCAUGGUGAUCUUUGGCGUAAGUUCCCUAAAGCGGUUAGUAGAAGGAUCACAUCACACAGUCGACUACAUCCGGUAUUGCGCCCUUGCGGCCGUUUGGGGCAUCUGCGAUGGCGUCUGGUUGGUUGUGGUAAACGCUUUUUAUGGCAUCUUGUUCCCGAACCAUCUGAUUGCGGCUUAUAGCAACUUUCGGCUGUGGGAAAGCACGGGCUCGGUUAUUGGAUAUGUGAUAAGCUCUCAGCUUUGCACCUCCACCAACUUGGUGAUUCUGAUGUGCGUCAUGCUGGUGGGUUGUGUGGGCUACGGUCUCAUCGAAGUCUGGCAAAAACAAAAGAAUCUCGAGAUCAAGCUGAGCGAUUGACCAGUAGAUGAUUGAUUGAUGGAGUCAUUCCCUUGCCAUGAAAUUGUUGCCUUUUGUGAUAUUGCCAAUAGUAGAUUUUAAGAUACCAUAGUUUAAUAAAUAAUAUCUUAACAAAAAUAGCGAAA